AUGAAGCAUGGCAUGGAUCAGAUUGGAGGUAUGUCGGUGCAUCACAUUCGCGCCAUGCAGCCUGAAGCGAUGCCCUUGAAAAUGCCGCAAGGAGAGAAGUUUCCGCUCACCCGCGGCAAGGACUGGCGCUGGGUGGCUGGGUCAUUGGCUGCGUGUGUCGUGGUGGCCUUGAUUCUGUAUGAGCUCUCUUUGCGAUUCCCCAGGCAGCUGCCACAGCCGCAAGCCGAGCCAAAGAGCAGGCCACCCGAAGGUGUUGACUUCCUGGAGCAGCUGCAGCAAGCCAAGGAGGAAGUGGAGACAGAUUUCAGUCUCCUGGAUGUCGAAAGGGAGUUUCAGAAAAAAUACACAGACAAGGCUCGCCCACUGCUGUGUUCCGCGUGCAAGAUCUCAGCCGAGCGCGUCGGGCUGGAGUUAGAUGCGCGGAAUGCCACUGAGCAGCCGGAUCCGUCAACUAUGCUCAAUGCCACCAAGGAGGCUGUGCUUGCAGCAUGUCAAGCUUUACCUUCACCUUUAGUCGUCGUGGAAGGCGAGGGCAAGGCCAGCUUCGAGGAAGUCCAUGAUAGCGACCAUCGGCACCUUACCGGAGUUGAGUUGCGGAGGGCCGAAGUUGCACAGCGCAGCGUCGACCGCCUGUGCAGAGUGCUGCUGGCUGAAGC